CCUUUACUGAAGCAGCAGCAAUGCACUACUGGGAGCUAGCUGAGCACAUAAGACCCCCACGACUUACACUGUUAUAAGGCACCAGCUCCUACUUAGCAUAUGCAGGAGUCAAAUUUUAUAAAGAUAUGAGUCUGUUAUUGGCUGAUAGCUGUCACAUGGUACAGGUGCAGAACUACAUUUAUCAGAAUACAAUCUGUUGCUCUUUUAAAAAUCAUAACACGGCCAGAGCACUGAGAGAUAUCAGGUAUUGAUGUAACCGGAGUGAAUAAGGGAACCUUCUUCCUGAGCACAGACAUUGGAGCCUGUUAUCAGCAUGAACUCAUAUGUGUUAGACAAACAUAUGGAUAGUUCAUAUCCAUCCUUUACUCCAGGAAGCCUCAGAAUGAUACCACAAACUCCAAUAGUCUCAGACACCAAUGGCUAUUCACAAACAUUGGGGAUAGCACAGCAGAUAUUUAAAGAAGAUGGUGAAUUGGCAGGAACUUGGAAGCAAUCAUUAUGUACAGAGAAUAAUUUAGUCAUCAAACAAGAGGACAACAUUUAUGACUUAUCUAGUGGAAUUAUUAUUUCAGAGGAUAAACCACGCACAUUUCCUGAGUUUUCAAAACAUAUUAAAGAAGAGAAAAGUCUACAGUCUAGCCAAAUGAUUCAUGCAAAGGAGAAACCUUUCAAAUCUACAAAAAGUGAGAAAAGCUUUAGAUGGAAGUCUAAUUUACUAGAACACCACAAAAUUCACACAGGUGAGAAACCACACACAUGUACUGAGUGCGGCAAAUGUUUUACACUAAUGGAUCAUCUGAAAACUCAUAAAAAGAUUUACUCAGGAGAAAAGCCUUUCACAUGUACAGAAGGUGGAAAAAGUUUUCCACGAAAGAUUGAGCUGAAAACUCAUGAAAGGAUUCACACAGAAAGAAAGCCUUUCACAUGUACAGAGUGUGGAAAAAGUUUCACACGAAUGUAUUGUCUGAAAACUCAUGAAAGGAUUCACACAGAAAGAAAGCCUUUCACAUGUACAGAAUGUGGAAAAAGUUUUACACAAAAGAGUCAUCUGAAAAGUCACAAAAGGAUUCACACAGGAGAAAAGCCUUUCCCAUGUACAGAGUGUGGAACAUGUUUUACAGAAAAGAGUCAUCUGAAAAGUCACAAAAGGAGUCACACAGGAGAAAAGCCUUUCACAUGUACAGAGUGUGGAAAAUGUUUUACAUUAAAGAGUAAUCUGAAAAGUCAUGAAAGGAUUCACACAGGGGAAAAGCCUUUCACAUGUACAGAGUGUGGAAAAUGUUUUACACAAAAGAGUAGUCUGGAAACUCAUGAAAGGAUUCACACAGGAGAAAAGCCGUUCACAUGUACAGUGUGUGGAAAAAGUUUUACAAAAAAGAGUAAUCUGAAAAGUCAUGAAAGGAUUCACACAGGAGAAAAGUCUUUCACAUGUACAGAGUGUGGAAAAAGUUUUACACAUAAGAGUCAUCUGAAAAAGCAUGAAAGGAUUCACACAGGAGAAAAGCCUUUCACAUGUACAGAGUGUGGGAAAUGUUUUACACAAAUAAAGCAUCUGGAAACUCAUGAAAGGAUUCACACAGGAGAAAAGCCUUUCACAUGUACAGAGUGUGGGAAAAGUUUUACAGAAAAUAGUAAUCUAAAAAGUCACAAAAGGAUUCACACAGGGGAAAAGCCUUUCACAUGUACAGAGUGUGGGAAAAGUUUUACACAUAUGAGUAAUCUGAAAAAGCAUGAAAGGUCUAAUUUACUAGAACACUACAACAUUCACACAGGUGAGAAACCACACACAUGUACUGAGUGUGGCAAAUGUUUUACACAAAUGAAUCAUCUUAAAACCCAUAAAAAGAUUCACUCAGGAGAAAAGCCUUUCACAUGUACAGAGUGUGGAAAAAGUUUUACACAAAUAAAUAGUCUGAAAACUCAUGAAAGGAUUCACACAGGAGAAAAGCCUUUCACAUGUACAGAGUGUGGAAAAAGUUUUACACAAAAGAGUAAGCUGAAAAAUCAUGAAAGGAAUCACACAGGGGAAAAGCUGUUCACAUGUACAGAGUGUGGAAAAAGUUUUACACAAAAGAGUAAUCUGAAAAGUCAUGAAAUGAUUCACACAGAAAGAAAGCCUUUCACAUGUACAGAGUGUGGAAAAAGUUUUACACGAAUGGAUUAUCUGAAAACUCAUGAAAGGACUCACUCAGGAAAAAAGCCAUUCAUAUGUACAGAAUGUGGAAAAAGUUUUACACAAAAGAGUAAUCUGAAAACUCAUGAAAGGAGUCACACAGGAGAAAAACCUUUCACAUGUACAGAGUGUGGAAAAAGUUUUACAGAAAAGAGUAAUCUGAAAAGUCAUGAAAGGAUUCACACAGGAGAAAAGCCUUUCACAUGUAAAGAGUGUGGAAAAUGUUUUACACAAAAGAGUGAUCUGAAAAAGCAUGAAAGGAUUCACACAGGAGAAAAGCCUUUCACAUGUACAGAGUGUGGAAAAAGUUUUACAGAAAAGAGUAUUCUGGAAACUCAUGAAAUGAUUCACACAGGAGAAAAGCCUUUCACAUGUACAGAGUGUGGAAAAAGUUUUACACAAAAGAGUGAUCUGAAAAAGCAUGAAAGGAUUCACACAGGAGAAAAGCCUUUCACAUGUACAGAGUGUGGAAAAAGUUUUACAGAAAAGAGUAUUCUGGAAACUCAUGAAAUGAUUCACACAGGAGAAAAGCCUUUCACAUGUACAGAGUGUGGAAAAAGUUUUACACAUAAGAGUCAUCUGAAAAAGCAUGAAAGGAUUCACACAGGAGAAAAGCCUUUCACAUGUACAGAUUGUGGGAAAUGUUUUACACAAAUAAAUCAUCUGGAAACUCAUGAAAGGAUUCACACAGGAGAAAAGCCUUUCACAUGUACAGAGUGUGGGAAAAGUUUUACAGAAAAGAGUAAUCUGAAAAGUCACAAAAGGAUUCACACAGGGGAAAAGCCAUUCACAUGUAAAGAGUGUGGGAAAAGUUUUACACAUAUGAGUAAUCUGAAAAAGCAUGAAAGGAUUCACAACGGAAGAAACCUUUCACAUGUUUAGAAAGUGGUAAAAAGGUUUUUAUUGAAAUCAGGUAUCAUAAAACACCGAUUUUUUUUAUAUUUCUGUUUAUUUUCCAAUUACAUAAUACAUUUAAAGCAAAAAGCAUUUUCAUCACACAGGACAACAUCUAUUAUAACAAUAAUUUAAACACAAAAAGUGUCCCAGGGUAUUUGAUCAAGUAUAAUACAUUAUAAAAUAACAUAAUAAAAACAUAAAAAAAGAAAGAAGAAAAAAGAACUCCAGUAUAAGCCUUAACUUCAUCCUGGAGAGAAGAAAAAAAAAAUAGAAAAGGACCACCCACCCAUCAC